AUGGAUCCUUUGGGGAAAACAAAAAGAGGUCAUCAUGUUUUAAAUUUUAAUUUUAAUUAUCAAUUACAUAAUCGCAAAAAUGAAAGUAUUACUACAAAGCGAGUAUACAUGAAAGGAAAUUAUCAUGAAUUUUCAAAAUAUUUAAAUAAAUUUAACUGGAGUCAUGAGUUUACUGGACUUAAUGUUGAUCAGUGUUAUGAAAGUUUUAUUAGAACUAUUGAAUACGGCUGUAAAGAUUUCAUACCGUCAUUUAAUCAAAAAACAACUGAAAGCAAAAGAUCCUUAUGGAUGAAUAAAGAAUUAAAACACGAAAUUCGACUUAAGCAAUCAAAAAAAAAUCCAAAACAAGUUUAUGCUUAUAUUAACAGUAAACUAAAAGCUAAAGACCAUAUAAGAGCAAUUUCAAUUGAAAACAAUGAAAUAUCAACUGACAGUCAAGUUAUUGCUAAUCAGUUAAAUCGGUUUUUCAAUUCAGUAUUCAUAAACGAAAGCCUAACUAAUAUGCCUACAUGUGAAAAUAUAACAGAAAAAAUUUGCCCAACCCCAUUGUUUAAUGAGAAAGAUAUUAAAAAACGAUUAUUGAAUCUAAAUGUGCACAAGUCCCCAGGUAUCGAUAGAAUUCAUCCAAUGUUUUUAAGUAAGUGUGCUGACAGUUUAGCUAGACCACUCUGUAUGAUAUUUAACCAAUCAUUUCUAACUGGAACAUUGCCUACAAGCUGGUUAAAAGCAAAUAUCACACCAAUUUUUAAAAAUGGGGAUAGGCUGAAUGCAGGUAACUACCGUCCAAUUUCAUUGACCUCUGUUGUUUGUAAAGUAAUGGAAAGUAUUGUUAAGGAUACAAUAAUGAACCAUUUAAGUAAAAAUAAGUUAUUAAUACCAGAACAACACGGAUUCAUUAAAUCAAAAAAUUGUGUAACAAACCUUCUCGAGACAUUAGACAUAAUAACAGAAUCAAUAAAUUGUGGAAAAUGUGUUGAUGUUGCCUUUUUAGAUUUUUCUAAGGCAUUUGAUUCAGUUCCGCAUUCCAGGCUGCUCUUGAAACUUAAGUCAUUUGGUAUUGUCGGAAAAUUGUUGCAAUGGUGUAAAGCUUUUUUAGCAAAUCGAAAACAGAGAGUUGUUUUGGGACUGUUUGAAUCAGAAUGGGAAACAGUUCGUAGUGGGGUACCACAAGGAUCGUUGGAUCUUGACAUCUUAUUUAACUGGACUAAAAGAUGGCUUAUCAGUUUUAAUAAAGAUAAAUGUAAAAUCAUGCAUUUUGGUCGUGAUAAUCCGAAAAUAAAGUAUAAUUUAAAAUAUAAUGCUACAGAAACAGAGAUUAUUCAACAUGGACUAAUAGUAACGUCAUUGGAAAGAGACCUUGGUGUUUAUAUUUCAGACAAUUUAAAAUGGGAAGACCACAUUGAAAAAAUGUUAAGUAAGGCAAAUCAAAAAUUGGGUAUGUUAAAGCACGCAAUCCUCUAUCCAGAUGAAACAUCAACAAAAUUGUUAUAUAUGUCACUCGUUCGGCCACACUUAGAAUAUGCUUUUCAAAAAGACAGUUACGAGCAAAGAUUAGAGAAAAUGGACUUACAAAAUCUAUCAAAGAGAAGGGAAAAAGGUGAUCUUAUCCAAAUGUACAAAUUCAUGAACAAAAUUGAUACUAUCAAUUGGCAUCGUGAACCAGAAGUAUUGGGUAGGCUAACUAGAGGACACAAUCAAAGGUUGCGAAGGCAUUUAACCAAUGCUGUUAAAAUUGCUUUAGUAUACAUUGCUGGUUACCUUCAGUUAAAGCUUGUUAUGAAGAUCUUGACACUAAUACAUAUUCGUAUUGUAGUGAGUAUAAGGCUUAUCUCAUGUUCACCGUUAUGUUAG